AUGGCCUACACGGCGCAAAGUUGGGAAGGCUCAACACAAUCGAGUGAGCAACAUGUGAUUCAAAUUGACAUCGGCGAGGAUGCUUGCGAGGAAGAGGUCUUCUGGUGGCGUGCGAUAUUGUGCUCUGGCAAUUUUUGGAAUGCGACUACCAAGUACAAUGGUCGUGAGUAUUUGUCGCCAUGGUCGGUGUCCGCAACUGGCGCUGGAUUGACACUGGCCACAAAGGCUUCUUUGAAUUUCAAGUUAUACCCACCAGAUUCGAUGACCGCUCUCAAAUACCUAUCUCGUUUCUGUGUACACCACCGCCUUUACGCUCAGUGCUCAGUCGCCCUUGCUGGAGUACUCUACAUUCCAUUUCUGAGGGGAAAAACAGUUUCCCUUCCGUUUCCUAAACAAAAUUCUCGAUUCGGAUUAAAGGAAGGUGCUGUUGACCCUGUUUCUAUUCCAGAUCUUAUCAAUGAGCAUGAUCAGUUGCUUGCGAAGUACAUGACAUUGAGUCUCAACACAUGGGGGUUACGCUCGAUCCUAUGCAGUACCUUCUUCAACACAGAGAUCGAGUGUAAUAUUCCUCGGCUUGGCAUCCUCUGGCUCGGUGCCAUUUUCACCGACUUGGCAAAAUCUAUCUUGCGCGAUGUUCGAACAGGAAUGACAGCUCUGGACCUUCCAGCUUCUGCCUGGACAGAAACAACGCAAAAAUUCUUGACCGCAAAAGUAGGGCCUAGCAAUGGCGAAUCCAUACGCCGUGAAGAUGAGUGCCGGCUACUUUUCAUCACAGCUUCCGAAGGUCAUGACCGACCUCCCAUCUGGCCCUGGAAGCCCUUCGGAACUACGCGGCUCUGCGAUGCAGAGCUAUCUGUCCAAAACCAUGCUCACUGUGCUGCUCAUUUCUUAGAAUAUGAUUUUUGGGAAUGGAUGUUGACAAAUGGCCGUUCAAUUCAAAAUUCAAGAGAAAUAACUAGCCAGCCUCCAUACGCAGCAUUACAUCCCCAUCCCAACCGAAAAGUGCCCGUGCUCGACGAUUAUACCUCUACGGAGGAUGAGAAUUCGAGUGUUACCCGUACAUUGUCUAAGGAUUCCACAGAAUGGGAGAGCCCGGUAACAAACCAUUUGUGCGAACGUAACGGACUGGAAUACAAAUCAAUGCGCGAAACGACUGGAGAGAUGAAGGACAGAGUCCGCCAAUUUGCAGUAUCGAUCACGCAGGCCGCUUGUUCUCUCAACAAAUCACGUAUUCAGGUACAGCAUCCAGAUACGCGGCAUCAUGCCACAAUUUAUGCGACACCAAUGUGUGACAAGAACACAUAUAGUCUUCCACCGGGCCACGAUAGCCGUACUCAGAGCAUGUGGGAUACAAGAGCAAUCAGAUCAGCUUUUCCGUCAAGCUUUGGUGGCGAAACUAGGCUAGUUGCUCUCAAGCCUGGCUCGCAACAUAGCAGGGUGCCAUCAAUGUUGCAAGAUUGGUACGGGGGAGGGAGAGACGACCAGGACGAACAGCAAAUUGUUGGAUUUUUGGGGGAGCUUUUUGUGAGAACCCGGAACAGCUUGUUAGCGGAAGAUACAACUAACUAUCCGAAGAUAUACGAACUUCUCCGAUUGAACGCUCCCAAUACAUUUAGUGAAGAUUGCUGGACAAGUGUGAUGCGAGAAGUCCAUGGUUUUACGAAGUUCACGAAACCAGAAUCUCACUUUACUGAUUUCACCUUCGUGGACACAAAAGGCGAAUUUGCUCAGUUUCUCCGCGGACAUGGGGUAUCGUUCCCAGACAACAGUAGUAACAACACGGUGUUUCACAUUGAGGUGAAAACUACAUCUGGGGGGUGUGAUGAGCCCUUCUAUACGAGCCACAACCAGUUCAACUUGGUAAGAGCCGCCAGUGAAACGUUGGAGCGUGAUAAGGCUGAUGAUUCAAGUGCCGAUGUUGGACCCUUGCUCGGACGGACGGGGUUGUCAAUGAAGUCUACUUGA